AUGCUCGUCCAGAGCCCGCACCCCGAGCUGCCCUGGGUCACGGAGCCCAGCGCGGCGGGGAGCCCCGUCGCCGCCGCCGCCGCCCCGCACGGCCUCUUCCCCUCCGCCGCCGCGUCCGUCGCCAGCUUCAGGAAGUACCAGGAGGUAGCCGUGUCGAUUCUAGAUAAAAGCGACUACACCGUGAUCAGUGGGAACCCAUACAUAAAGAAGUCAGGGUGGAGAAAAAUAUCGUGCUUCUACAAUAUCUCGUUUGAAAUCAAGGACCACUCUAUUGAAUUUGAUGACAGCCACAAUGUCAACCGUGCUGAAUUUCUUGUCAGGGCAUCUAUGCAAAGUGGCAGGUUCUCAGAUGGUUGGGGUUCAUGUGAUCGGCGAGAAAAGAGAUUCAACAAGCCAAACCAUGAUAUCCCCAGUACAGCUGAAACCAGAGCUAAAAACAAAGCUUGUCAGGAUCUUCUUGGCAUCGGCCACAACCGUCCGGGAUGA